AUGGGCCAGGCUACUACUGCCACUACUUCUGGCCCUUCCCCGACGCCGCAGCCGCCGCCGCCGCGAAGCCCAAUGAGCAUCAAAAAUAAGAAACCAGUGGGACGGCGAAGGGAUGACGGCGGUGGUGAAGAAGAAGAAGGGGAUCGCAGGUCGACAAGGAGCAGCAUCAGUGAAGAAGAAAAAGAGGCGGCGGCGGCCGCCUCCGGGGGAUUGUGCGUCAAUCUCAGGAGCUGGACUCGGAGGCAGAAGGUGAUGAUCGCGACUAUUGCCUUGGCGGAAAUGGCCGGCUUUGCGGGACUCUCAGUCAUUGCUCCUUUGUUCCCAUCACUGGCGGAGUCGAAAGGAAUGAGUACGAGAAAUGUUGGCCUGGUGUUUAGUUCGUUUGCGUUGUCAGGAUUCAUCGGGGCGCCGAUUGCUGGAAUGAUGGUGCCGAAAAUCGGAGUGAAGAUUAUGCUGGUGGCAGGCAUCGUCAUUUCCGGUGCAUCUGGCAUUUGUUUCGGGUUGAUAGAAGAUGUGAAUGACGAAGCCUGGUUUUGCUUCGGGGCCUUUGCGUUCAGAAUACUCCAAGGGCUCUCGUACAGCUUCUACAUCACUGGGGCGUUUGCCGUCGUCACCACCAUCUUCCAGUCGCAAAUGGGCCUCGUUUUGAGUAUUUUGGAGAUUGUGAUCGGAAUCGGGCUGUCUGUGGGACCACCUAUUGGCAGUGGCCUCUUCGCAGUUGGAGGUUACAAAUUGCCGUUCGCGUGUCUCGGCGUGUUGAUGUUCAUUUCGGCUGUUCCGCUCAUGAUAGUCCUGCCGUCUGCCAAAGAGUUUCUCAAGUCGAAGGAGCACCAAGACCAGGAACUGGACGCGGAUGUGAAGAGGAAGCCGAUGCGGAAGCUGUUUGUCUCGUACGAGCCGAUGCUGGUGCUCGUCACAAUCGUGGUGACCAGCAUCUCUUUCAUCUACUACCACCCGAUCCUGCAGCCAUUUUUGGAGCAAAAGUAUGGUACCAAGGAAACCGAGGCGGGGUUCGUGUUCCUGGCCAGUCUCGGCAGCUACUGUCUCACGACCCCGAUCUCGGGGAUUUUGUCGGACAUGUACCCGCACCGGAAGUACUCGCAAAUAAUGACGGGACUCGUUUUCGCCGCAGUUGGGGGCCUCGUCGUGGGUCCUGCCCCGUUCCUCCUGUCCGUCCUCCCGCAGAAAAAGAGCACGACGAUUGCCGGCUUGGUGCUCGCCGGGAUCGGCUUCUCCCUGGCUGUUGUCCCCACCUUCCAGGGAUUCACUGACGUCACUAUUGCUGCUGGCUUCCCGGCGGACAUCAGGACAUUUGGCAUGACAUCCGCCUUGUGGAAUUCUGCUUGGUCUCUUGGAGAGUGCAUCGGCCCGGCGGUUGCCUCCGGAGUGUCGGACCUUUUGGACGACUACGUGUUGAGUUUCGUGACCAGUUCGGGCAUCACCAUCGCCAUGGUCGUCGUCCUCUUGCUCCACGUCUUGUGCUACAAGCGGAGACGACCAGCAUCAGCAGCAGCAGCAGCAGGAAACCCGCCUGUUGCUGCUGGCGACGUCGACAUUAUUACCAGCAUACCAUCAGCAAAUAUAAAUGAUCAAAAAGAAGAAAAGAAUAACCAACCUGUUGGGAUGGACGCCGCAAUGAUGGUUGCUGGUCACGUGGACGAAACGAAGACAGGAGCAUCAGUGCUGGUGGUGAUGACGAGGAAGAAUAGGAAUAAUAACGAGGCGCCGACGAGAAGAAGGGACGCCGCCGCCGCCGAAGAGGAGGAGGAGGAGGAGGAGACGGAUGACGAGAGUUUCGCCGACGCCCAAUUGGAUCACGCGACGUCGUCGUCGGCAGGACACAAGCAGCAUGUUUGACGUAAAUAGUAUAUGAUGAAACGGACUGAAGAUGAGUAAUAUACAUGAUGCAGGACGUGCGGAAGAAGAAGGAGGAGAAGAAGAACGGGGAACUUUUGCCAUUUUCUUCGCUUGACUUUGCUCCUCUUUGUCUUUCUUUCUUUCUUUCUUUCUUGACGUGCUUUAUUAUUCUCAUUCCGGUUUCGGUGUGAUCAUGUUUUGGGCCAGACAUUUGCGAAACUGUGAGCGAUGACGUUGUUCGUUUUUCUGGGAUAUUGAGAAAACGGCAGCAGGAUCAUAAACCCGGUUUUUUUUUUCUUUUUUUAAAACGCAUCAUGUCCGUGCUGUGCUUUUUAUUUGAUUUCAUCAUCAUUAUUCCUCCGCAGGCGUAAUUACAAUUUUUACGGAAGAGCCAUAAUUUAUUCCACAGCAAUUUUGAUAUUUGUGAUGCAUAUAUUAUAGUUUGAAAUUUUGCUUAUUCGUAAUACUGUGCUGUGAUGGGAGAAUAUUUAGAUUUUCGCAUCAUUUCUUUUCUCUCCUAUUAAUUGUUUCGGGCAUAAUUCGGCCAGCAGCGGGAUUAACUGCUGGGAAAUUCAGAAUUAUAUAGGGACGUUUUUGACUUGGCAAUGCAAUUUAAAUCUAAAUGUACCUGCUGUGGAUCACGACAAAAGCCUUUUAAAAGCCAUGUCAGAAAUCCUUCGAAAAAUAG